AUGUCCUCGUCUCCGGUCGAAGCAUUGGCGCAGUUGAUCUCAAGAGGAGAAGAUGGCUCGGCUCCAAUCCAAGAGCUAAUAAAGAGAGUCAACAUCCCCAUUAACAGCACCACCCCUCCACUCCUCAUCGAAGCCAUAAAACAAGACCCCUUCAAGGAUUCAGCAAAGUAUGGACUACUAUAUGUAUACGUCGGACUUAUCUUGGUCGUUUCAACAACCCUCAUGCGCCUCUACUACUAUUGGGGUGACAAGAUUCGAACCGCUCUUUACAAGGAGGAAGUCAUCAAUUCGGCCACCACUAUCAGUCCUAUGGGUGCUUCACCCGGCAACCUGUAUGGUAAUUACGAAUUACCCAGCGCCGCCAGCGAGAUGACGGAUGCUUCCAACCGACACUUCUUCCCUUCCAAAGGUCCCCUCGUGCGCGAAAAACCAAGGCAACAAGCUGCAGUUUCUGCUAUUGCUCCCAUCAAUAAUACCAUUGCCUUCUUCAGAUGGGUCUUUUAUAGACCCAUCACUCCAAUCCGAAUCGGCAAGACAUUCACCUUCACCUUUCCUUCGCUUGGUGUUCUGGUUAUCAUGGCAAUCGGUCUUGUCGCUUCUCUACUCUACUGCUUCCUCCCACAACCACUCUUCUACGAAUCCAUGGCUUACGGUUCCCCUCCAUUGGCCAUCCGAGCUGGAAUGAUGUCAAUUUCUCUAUUACCAUGGGUUGUAGUCUUGGCCACAAAGGCCAAUCCCAUCUCCAUGUUGACUGGAAUCAGCCAUGAGCGACUGAUCGUCAUUCAUCGAUGGACAGCUUAUCUUUGCACAAUCUUCGGUAUUAUCCAUGCCGUCCCAUACUGGGUCCAAUCUGCUCGAGAUCCCGAAGGUUUCGCAACAUUCAAGCUCUACUUCAAUCAGAAUUGGUGGAUAUUCACCACCGGCAUUGCAGCUCUUGCACCCCUCCUCUUCCUGACUAUCCACUCACUUCCUAUCUUCCGAGCCAGAGCAUACGAAUUCUUUGUCAUCCUCCAUAUUCCAGUAGCAUGGGCUUUUGUCGGCCUUCUCUUUUGGCAUUGCAACAACUAUUUGACAUCAUGGGCUUAUCUCUAUUCAACUGUCGUCCUGAUGGCGGUGUCCAUGUUUGCUCGUCUAUUCUACCUCAAUUGGAUGAACCCUCUCCGAUCUUCAUGGCUCAUCGGCGAAGAGUCCGCUGUCACCAUUCUGCCAGAGAAUGCCCUCAAAGUGACCAUUCCAACCCAGAAGAGAUGGCGUCCAGGUCAAUAUGCCUACUUAAGGAUGCCCGCCAUUUCGGUUCUGGGCAAUCACCCCUUCACCAUCUCCUCUCUCUGCAGUAUGGACUUCCCAUCCGAAUACGGUGAGCAAUACCGAGAUAUGACCAUGGUAUUCAGGCCAUUUGAAGGCUUCACGAAAAAAGUUCGUGAUACGGCCAUCAAGAAAGGUCCCUAUAAAACAUAUCGAGCCUUCGUCGAUGGACCUUAUGGAGGCAUGCAACGCCAAAUGGCUUCCUUUGACAAUGUUGUCUUCUUCGCUGGUGGUAGUGGGAUUACUGCCAUUGCUAGCCAACUUCUUGAUCUGAUCAAACGGAUGCGUGAUGGAAAAGCAACCACCACAAAGGUCCAUGUCAUUUGGGCCAUGAAACGACCAGACAUUAUGGAAUGGUUCAAAGAAGAAUUGCGGAUAUGCAGAGAAUGUUCCCCUCCAAACUCUGUUCAAUGCCAUUUCUUCAUCACCGCUGCCAAGCGUUAUGAACCUGAACCUGAUAUCAAAGAACAUCGUCUUAGUGGUAUCCGGGACAAGAUCUCCGAUAAAAUUCAUAAUGCUGGAAGCAAGCGCAACUCGGCUCUUGUCAUGAUGGAACAAGAACCCGAAUUGAAGCGUGAGUUCGAGGAUAGCAUCACUGCUCUUCCUCAGGCCUACAUGGCCGCUCCUCGUCACCUGGCCCCACCAGGACAACAAGACACUCAGACCUAUUUCCCUCCACCUCCUAGUAAUCGGUUGUCAACGCUAUCACAAGCACAAGCUGAUGCCACAAGAUCAUUUGACUUUGGCUUUCCGCAAACACCCACCAAAUUUCAGAAAAAUCUUAUGCGUUUUGCCUUUUUACCCACAAAUGUCAUCAGUCAUCGCCGUGAUGGCUGGCGGACAGAGUACGGUCGUCCAGAUAUUCCAUACAUGCUGAAAGGUCUCAGCAGGGAAUUUGGUCGUCGUACCUGUGUCUACGUUUGUGGUCCUCCAGAGAUGCGAACUGAUGUAGCCAACACGGUUGCACGUUUGCAGAGUACAGUCUGGAGUGAUCCCGGCAAAGAUGAGAUUUUCUUACAUGCGGAAAACUAUGCCAUUUGA